AUGGCUGUGUCCAUCGGGAACAUAUCCCCACUCCUCGACCUCGCGACUCGCACAAUCCUCCCCGACCGAACGCGGGCCUUGGUCCCCGACCGCCGGGCCACCAGUCUUCUGCCGUCCGACGCCGUCCUGAGCCUCUUCUGGAAGGAUACGAUCCAACCACACUAUCCGGACUCGACCUUUGAUCACCGGGAGAGGCACACGAACCGGGGGAGCAAAUCGAGCCGGUCGAAAUCGAGCGGGGUGGAGUACGAGAACUCUAGCGACGACGAGAACGGGAGCGGGAUCGAGGACGAGCUCGGGGAGGACGAAGGGUUCGAUUGGGAGAAGGAGAUGAGGAGGAGGGUGAAGGAAAUCGAGGAGAUGCGGGAGCUGGAGACAAAGGCAGAGGAGUUGCAGUACAGAGUCGAUCAGGAUUUUGGAGAUGGGGGUGGCGGCGACGACGGCGACGGCGGCCGGAAAGAGGAGAAUGAGGAGGAGAAGCGGAUGAGGGUGAAAAAGGAACUCGAGAAGGUAGCAAUGGAGCAAGCAGAAAGGAGGAAGACAGCUCAAUUAAUGUUUGACUUGGGACAAAGAGCAUACGAAAAGGGCACUUAUGCGCGUGCCACUGAGUUUUUUGAAGCCGCCCUCACAAUCAUCCCAAGACCCACCUUGUUUGGCGGUGAGAUACAAAUUUGGCUUGCGAUGGCAUAUGAGGCCAAUAACCGCCAUGCGGACUGCAUUGAUCUGUACCAACAGUUGGAAAAAAAGCACCCGAGUGUCAGCAUUCGGCGCCAGGCCUCAGAAUUGCGUUACAUACUGCAAGCGCCAAAGCUUAAGAUAACCCAAGAGGAGAUGGUCACGAUUCCCCUAAUAGGUUCUAGUUAUGACAGCUAUGCGGCUACAUGGACUGACAAAUACAAGGAUAAGGAUCAAAGAAUGAGCGGGUCCACAACAAACCAGCUCCCGUCAAACAAGGACUACUUAGCGGACUUUUUGGUCUGGAAACCUCCGGUGGGUCUGGAAAAGAACCAAGCUUUUUGGGUGUCGUUGACCUUGUGGGUCGGUCUCGUUGGGGCAGCUCUCUUUCUGCAAAGAUGA